UCCGCGUCCGCAGCCGGCAGCAGCUGAAGGAAUCUGCCUUGCCUUUCACGCAGGAGGGACUGGCCUGCGAUUCAAUCUGUCCCGUGGGUUGGGGCACACGCGUGGGAUCACCCGGAGAGAGCGCAGUUAUCUGGAGCGUAUUUCUGCGGGAGGAAGCGGAACCGCGGCGGGAUGGCGGCGUUGGGAAGCGCCGGACGCUUGUUGCACUUUGCCAGGAGCAGCUUCGGUCUGACUUUGAGGAGACGGUCGACGGCGGCAGCUUUGGCCCAGAAUGCAGCUCCAGAAACACAAGAGAACAGGAAACCUAAAACGGGAAUCCUGAUGCUGAACAUGGGAGGACCUGAGAAGCUGGAGGAUGUUCACGACUUCCUGCUGAGGCUCUUCAUGGACACGGAUCUGAUGAAGCUCCCCGUUCAGAGCAAACUCGGCCCGUUCAUCGCCAAGCGGCGCACCCCAAAGAUCCAGGAGCAGUACAGUAAGAUCGGAGGAGGAUCUCCCAUCAAACACUGGACCUCCAUGCAGGGAGAGGGCAUGGUGAAGCUGCUGGAUGAGGCGAGCCCCGACACAGCUCCUCACAAGUUCUACAUCGGCUUCCGCUACGUGAACCCGCUGACGGAGGAAGCCAUCGAGGAGAUGGAGAAGGACGGCGUGGAGCGAGCGGUGGCCUUCACCCAGUACCCUCAGUACAGCUGCUCCACCACAGGAAGCAGUCUGAACGCCAUCUACCGUUACUAUAGGAACAGAGGAGAUCGGCCAAAGAUGCGCUGGAGCGUCAUCGACCGCUGGCCCACACACCCCCUGCUGGUGGAGUGUUUCGCAGAACACAUCCAGAAUGAGCUGCUGAAGUUUCCAGAAGAUAAGAGAGAAGAUGUUGUCAUUUUGUUCUCGGCUCAUUCGCUGCCCAUGGCUGUUGUGAACAGAGGCGAUCCGUACCCCCAGGAGGUGGGGGCCACGGUGCAGCGGGUCAUGGAGAGGCUGGGACACUGUAACCCCUACAGACUGGUGUGGCAGUCCAGGGUGGGACCCAUGGCGUGGCUCGGCCCGCAGACCGACGACGUGAUCAAAGGUCUGAGCGAGCGAGGGAAGAAGAACAUCCUGCUGGUGCCCAUCGCCUUCACGUCCGAUCACAUCGAGACGCUGCAUGAGCUGGACAUCGAGUACGCUCAGGUGCUGGGAGAGGAGUGCGGCGUGGAGAACAUCAGGAGAGCAGAGUCGCUGAACGGAAACCCGCUCUUCAUGAGGGCUCUGGCAGAUCUGGUCCAGUCCCACCUGAAGUCCAACGAGCCGUGUUCCCGCCAGCUGACCCUGCGCUGCCCGCUGUGCACCAACCCAACCUGCGGAGAGACCAAGGCCUUCUUUGCUAGCCAGAAGCUCUCAUAGAAGCGAGCUCACGCCUUCAAGUGGGCAAACUCUGGAGACGCUAACGAACUUCUGUUCAUCUACGAGCACAGUUCAUCCCGCUGGAAUAAGCAGGAGGUAGUUACUGGAUGGGUUUUACAGAUUUCCUUUAGUUGAAGUCUGUGUAGAUAAAAGAAUCGACACUUUCA